GUGGCCGGCCGGACUUGGCUUGCGGGCGACCGAGGAGUGCGGCCCGGCCCGGGACCCGCGGGUUCUGCGGGGAAAGGAUUGUUCUUUGGGGAGUGGCGCUUAUUGGCCGCCACUGUCCUAGUUUUAAAGCCUUGCCUUUGGGGUUUUCUGCACAGAUUGCAGCUUUCUGCUGGGGUUUUGGGAUGUCAGGGCGUUUUAGUGCUGGGUGUCAGAGGUGACCCGUUUUGUGGUCGUGAGGAGCCCCUGCAGCACCUGCUAGGCUGUGGCAGAGGAGGCUGUGUCUGGGGUGGGAUGGAGAAACGAAACGUGACCGAGAUCCUGUUUGGAUAUUCUGCUGAAGUUGUCACGUUUCUGUUCAGUACACCAGUUCACACAGCAAGUUGAUAAACAGUUGUAGUAUUCGGUGAUGCAAGGUGUUUGCCUCACAAGUAGACCUGGGGUGAUCUGGCUUGGCUGAGAAUGUUCGGGAUAUCCCAAGCAUCUGUGUCCAACGUAUCUCCUUGGCAGGCUCAUCUUUUUCUCUAUUCUAGUAUGGGAAUAAUGCUGCGGUAGCACAGGCCUGAUACCGAGAAGUGUUUGCAAAAGAGCACAAGUCCAGGUGGGCAGGUAGGUAGGGUGGGAGAAUAGCCCUUGAAAACCAGGUGCCCGCGCGGUUUUUUAGUUGUGAUGCCUUAGAUUGAAAGAAAGCCAUAGAUGAUGGCAUCACUAAGGUUUGUGGUUCGAAUCCUCUUAAAGCAUCUUUUCGCGGAAACACUAUCACAUAAAGCAAUCUUAUGGUCAUUCCUAUGUAUCUUUUAAUGUGUCUUGGAUUUUGGGCUCUAUUUUAAAUAGAACACAUAUAUUUGUGUUCUGCUUUAUCUUGGAGACAACCCUUAGUCAUGCUUUCUAGAAGUUCCGAGAGCUCACGUGUCCGUUCUGUCUGUCAGUGCGGGACAUCUUUACGUUUAGUUCUUCCUAUUGUAGUCGCUGUGGGAACUCCUGGGAAGAGCACAGGCACCCCAUGUUUGCCCACUGUGCUCGACUUUACCGCUCAAAUUUUGUUUAUGCUUCUAGGAGUAAAGAGCCAUUUGUCAGGUUCGUAUUUACUCCUAGUUAACCUCUGCUGGAAGGCCGCACAGUGACUUCAGAACUCCGUUCCUUUUCACUGCCCUGGCAGCCAGUUUUACCUAUGCUGUUUACUUUUGGAAAGGUCAUAAUAGCCCAUUUUAGUGGAAACUGAGGGGAAGUGGAAUUUCAUGUUUGUUUGUUUUUAAUUUGACUCUGACAACACUUUAGCUGGAGAGUGUGGAUGCUUCUGAUUCGAUACUUUAGAAAAUUCCUAACUUCUUGAAAGUCUUUCUACUUUUCUGGUUUCAUCUCCUUUCUUCUAGCCCACAUGGUUGAGAGAGGGGGAGGAAGAGGAAAAAAAAAUCCAUCUCUGGUUUAGUUGUCGGUAAUUUAGCUUUAUAAUCCCAUUAUCCUUGUGUGCCUGGCAGCUUGUGCUGGCCUGCAUGUGGACUUUAACUCAGACGACUCCUUUAGAUGCCACUGAACCAAGUACUAUAAAAAGUAUUUCACUUUCAAACUCCCACGUUUCCCAGAACAGAGAAAGUACAAAGGCAAUUUGGAAGAGUCUUCCUGGUUCCUGGGCUCCUGACGGACUGGUGCUGGAGCAGAUGGAUAAUGGAGACUGGGGCUAUAUGAUGACUGACCCAGUCACGUUGAAUGUAGGCGGACACUUGUACACAACGUCCCUUACCACAUUGACACGUUACCCGGAUUCCAUGCUUGGAGCUAUGUUUGGGGGGGACUUCCCCACAGCCCGAGACCCUCAAGGCAAUUACUUCAUUGAUCGAGAUGGACCUCUUUUCCGCUAUGUCCUCAACUUCUUACGAACUUCAGAAUUGACCCUCCCCCUGGAUUUUAAGGAAUUUGAUCUUCUUCGGAAAGAAGCUGACUUUUACCAGAUUGAACCCUUGAUUCAGUGUCUCAAUGACCCUAAGCCUUUGUAUCCUAUGGAUACUUUUGAAGAAGUUGUAGAGCUGUCUAGUACUCGGAAGCUUUCUAAAUAUUCCAAUCCUGUGGCCGUCAUCAUAACCCAGUUAACCAUCACCACCAAGGUCCAUUCCUUACUAGAAGGCAUCUCAAAUUAUUUCACCAAGUGGAAUAAGCACAUGAUGGACACCAGAGACUGCCAGGUUUCCUUCACCUUUGGACCAUGCGAUUAUCACCAGGAAGUUUCUCUCCGGGUCCACCUGAUGGAAUACAUUACAAAGCAAGGUUUCACAAUCCGCAAUACUCGGGUGCAUCACAUGAGCGAGCGGGCCAACGAGAACACGGUAGAGCACAACUGGACUUUCUGUAGACUGGCCCGGAAAACAGAUGACUGAUUGCCAGCGCUGGGGAGGACUUCCUGUAAGCUCACGUUUGUUUGGGGACAUGGAAGAGACUGUUCUUGUUUUCUAAAUCAUAGUGUACCCCCUUUUUAAUAUUUGUAUUUAUUUGAAGGCCUCGAGGACCAGAAGGAAGUUCUGUGUGUGAGCAGUCUUCUUGUUUUGUUCCAAAUAUGCAUGUGCCUGUUCAGAGUCUCCAGAAACCUUUUUUAUAAAAAGAGAGCUGAAAAUCAUUAUGAUAUAUAAUCCACCCUUAACAGUGCUAAAAUGAUUUCUGGUAACGUGGUCCCUAACUCAACUGGAAGGCUAAAAAUACAGUAAUGAAAGAUUAAGCAGAGUAUUCAUGUCUUUGAGGAAAAUCAGAAUAUCAUGUAGGGUGACCUCGAUUCCAGACCAAUAGGCAGUAGUGUAUUAAAGGAAGACUGGCCAAUCAUCUGCUGAUACUUGUAAGGACUGUUUCUUUCUAUGCAUAUAAAUCAAGCAACCAAAUAUCUGUAGCCAUUGAAAUGUCUGACUAGAAAUAUUUAUAUUGGAUUCUCAAUACAAAAUGUCCCUGUGGUAGAAACCUUAUGCCUGGUACAGUUUCAUUCCCAAGUGUACUGUCUACCAGGAAAGAAAAAUCUAAUAAAAAAUGGAGUAUGAACAUUAA